CUUCCCUCCUCUCCUUCUCUCCCUUGCUCUUGCUUUCUGCGCCUCUGCGGCAGACCUGCACCUCCCUAAACUUAUCACUUUACAACUCACCUGUACUCUUUGUUUGCUCGUACCACUUCUCGCCUGCCUGCCUGCCUGCCUGCCUUCCCUCACAACGGAUUCUUUCCACCAUUUCUUCCUGCUUUACAAUUUUAAUCUCCUCUUCCUUUUGCCGGUAUCUCUCGCCACCAUUCGACCUGUACACUUUACCUUCCGAAUCUCGGGAACGUCUGUCUGCCAUUAGGGAUCCGCUGAUCCGCUUAUCCGCAUCUUCUGCGUCAUUCAUUCCACUCCCAACGACCAUCUGUCCUCUACUCCGAUCGACAUCGACCUUUCUUGCCUUCCCUUGACGUCUCACUAUUCUCACAUUCGCUAUUCUCAGUUACUCUGGCGCUGCGCGCUCUUUGUUACACCAUUAUAAUCCUUGUAAUUCACGACGAGAUCGCCUGUACCCCAUAUAUCUGUAUUUGAACCGCCAACCAGACCGAACUACCUUCAUUUCAGUUCAACCCAGUCUGUCUAAGCGUUGGGAAUCGUUGUCGUGAAUCAGAAGACUUGCAAACAACGGAAGCUAUUGUCUGAGGAUAUUGUUGACGAAAGCGUACGGCAGAAGGAUAGAAACAUAUGGGCAGUGGCGGAACUUCUAGUCUGCAAUGACUAAAUGGUCCAGAUGAUCAAUCUGAAAACGCCGAGACUUUCACGCGUUGUACCGAGGAGCGCUCAAACAUGUUGCGCCUGCUUUCCUGGACAGGUUGUGACAAAGCCGCCUCUCCAGAAAUGAGAAUGUUUGUUCCCAAACAAGACUCUUCAGGUUCCGGUGCCAUCACCAUGCCUUCCAAGCACAAGCGGAAACAGUCUGGCGAUCAGCAAGGUCAGUCAGAGAGGAAACGGGCCAAGGUUGCGGAACGCAGCAACCAAAAACCUGCCCUGAUAAGUUCUGCCCAUGCGCCGUCCAUGUCCAGCGAAGUACAGACAAACAAUGCUUCGCCAAGCGCGAGCGAGUCACCCUCUUUUCUACCCACUCCCCCAGAUAUCAAGAUGGAGGACACUGAAUUAAAGGAUGUGAGUUUGGACAGCAAGGAGACACCUGCUCCGACGGACGCUGUGGCGGCCAAACGCCUCGAAUCCAUACGCGACGUCAUUCAAACUCAAAUCAGCCUUGAAGUCCUGCUCAAACACAAAGAACUUCGCCUCAUUGAUCAAGAAAUUGCAAAAUGUCAGGCGUCGUUGGAGCAGUUAAGGAGGUGUAGAGAGAUACCUUACCCAGCUACUCAACAGCCUUCGCUGCUGGUAAGCAACGGAACUGGUGCUGCUUUGCGCACUGCCUUCCCUACGCCGCUUCCUCAGUCUCCUGCUCCUUGGGGUGUGACCGACGGUCCUUACUCGCGUCAUUAUGCAAAGUGGCUCCUUCCAGAUACUCGGUUCGAUGGCGGGGUCGAGCCAGAAACCUUGAGCAGGGUUCCAGCCGGCAAAGCCCCUAUGAAAUCAAGGUCAAUGAGAGGAAGCUUUGAGAUGCCCCCAACAUCAAGCAAUUCGCGUUCAGGUCGAGGCGGGAAACUGAAGGCCUUGCCACCUGGAUAUGGUCAGCCUAAGGAAAAGGCCACAGGGCCUAUGAUCGUCAAGCGAAAGUCGGAUGGCCUGACCGUAAAACUGAUCUGUCCGGAUUGUGGUAGACAUGAUUUCGGAAGUGCUCAGGGCUUUAUCAAUCAUUGUCGUAUCGGACAUGGCAGGAGUUUUGCUAGUCACGAUGCAGCAGCUGAUGCUUGUGGAGAGCCGGUGGAAGUUGAUGAGUCUGGAGCAGUCAUUGGUGCCGAACCUACCGCGACGCCGACAACAGGAAACGUUCACCCACUUAUCCGUUCUGCGAAGCUACUGCAACCUUCGCCGCCUAAGAAUGGUUCCCAACUCCCGAAGUCCCCUCCACCCGACCCGGCCAGGACGAAAGAUGUGUCUCCUGAUUUUAAGGGAUCAGUUUUGACGCCGAACCUUUCAGACCUGGUUAGAAGCCGAGGAUUGGGGAUCGAUCUAGAGGGCAUGGUUUCCGAGGCGAAAACUAAAGUCGAGCUGCCUGAUUGCGGUUCCGACGAGGAUGAAAUGGAUGUGGAUAUCCCCAUGCAAACUACAGCUCAAGGCCGCCAUCCACAAGUCGCAGGAUCCAAACAGCCGCCAAGAUCGACCAAAUCUCCAAUAUCUUCACCAUUGCUGAGCACAAACAUGUCAAGGACACCGAAUACGCGCGCAGAAUUGCCGCAAUAUGAUGGAAGUGGCGAUACUCUCGUUCACCACCGUCCUAGAGGAAUGCAUCUUCCAAUGACACAGCCCCAGGCCACUGAUCUGCAACCAUCGGAUCCUUCGCCGACCAGCGAGUCUAACCAAGCUCCCAGCCUCGUCGAUGAUGACGAAGAAUACGAACCCCAUUCUCCGACUAGCAGCUCGGUGUCUGACGAGCACGACGAUGGGGAGGUGGAAUUCGAGAUCCAAGGGGACGACGACGAUGCUCGGAGUGUUCUGCAUGGACCGGAGUUCCAUCCUACUCAACCGAGUUGCGCUCAACCGGCCAGACCUACCACUCAUGUCAGACGGCCUUCGGCUAUACGACGGCAUGGAGAGGAACGGGAAGAGAAGCAUGUCAGCUUUGUAAGCCCGAGUCCUGCGCGGGAUAUUCCGACGGCUCGUCAAGGCGGAGAUGGGAGAAAACGCAGGACCUAGCGCUAGAACAGAGAGGUUUCGAUUCUCUAGACAUCGGUUGUUUGAAGAAUUAUGUGCAGCAUUUUCGGAGUCUCCUGGAGGAGUAUGUGUUCGUACUCGGCAAGCACGACUGUAAGGCGUCAGCCAGAGCCUUUGGGUACAGAAUGAGUGACUGGCCUGGAGAAGGACUGCAGUAUCGUGAUUGUAUGUUGACCAUAGUCACGAGAUGUGUGAGCGAUAGAGGCAGUGCCAAGUCAAGCUUUGUGCUUGCGAUUCAAUAUGAAAGACUCAACUCUAUGAA